GCCCCCCAGCUAGAAGAGGAAGUUGAGAGAAGUAGGGCCCGGAGCAUCUCUGCGGAGGGAGACGGGAGGCCCGGCCGACGGAUGGACGCCCGGAGCGGCCAGCCUGCGGCGGGGCGGCGCGGGGCGGCGGAGAGGGAGUGAGGGGCGCGUGGAGAGGCCCUGGGCGCUAGCCUCCCGGGCUGGGCGGGGGCGACCCGAGCCUCCCGGCCCGGGGCAAGUCCGACGGCUCCGCCCCCAGCCCCGGCAGCUCGGUGCCAAGAGCGCGGAGCGCUGGGCUCCCCGGGGCCGCCCGCGGGUGCCCGCCUGCCUCGGGACCAGACCUCCGGCGCCCAGGAGUCAGGAUGCCCGGCGGCGGCGCGCUCGCGGCUCUCCCCCUGCUGCUGCUGCUGCUGCUGCUGCUGCUCUGCGAGCGGUCGUGCCCGAGCCGCGCCCCCCCAGAAACCCAAGCAGUAAUUAUUGGAGAAGAACGAGAGAACGUUACCCUACCUUGUAGUAAUACCUCAAGCCCUGAGGGCCCGGUGAGCUGGUAUAGGAAUGAACCUGAGGCUGCCUUCCUCCUUUCUUCCAACACAACCCUCCCACCUGAAUCCCGCUACUCCCUGGUGAAUGCCAGUUCUUUGCGGAUCACAGGGCUGGGCCCACAGGAUGAGGGGAACUAUACCUGUCGAGAAGUCCUAAAUGAGACCCUGGGGGACCACCUGGACCACAGGAUCCAGCUGCUGGUAGCCAGUGGCCCCAACCAGAUCAGCGUCAAAAUCUCUCCCACUGGAAUCUACCCGAAUGGCUCCCUCUUUGUCACUAGAGGCUCCCAGGUGACCUUCAACUGUAGCAGCAGCUCCCAUCCACCUCCUGUGGUGGAGUGGUACUUCCAGCUGCCAGGGUCCGACCCCGAGCCCUUCGGGACCAACAAUGAGAACUUCAGCUACUUUGAGCUCCACAACAUGUCGCCCACACUUCAGGGGAAUUACACGUGUUUUGCCACAAACACGCUCAGCAAGAGAGUUCGGAAAGUGACCUCUGAGCUCCUGGUGUAUUAUCCUCCUUGGUCAGCCCCACAGUGCUGGGCAGAGACAGUUCCCGCGGGAUCCAUGCUACGACUCGUCUGCCGAUGGUCUGGGGGAUACCCCGAUCCUGUCUUCCUGUGGACAGAAGAGCCAGGAAACUUGAUCUUGGGAAAUUCAAGCUCGGGUGUAGAGAUACUCAAUCGGUCCCAAUUAUCUGACGGCAAGAAGUUCAAAUGUAUCGGGAAUCAUACCGUGGGGUCAGGAAUGAUGGGAGCCAAUUGCGUGGUCCAGAUAAAUGGGCCCACCCUUCAGUCUGACCCAAUGAAGACCUGCUUCUUGGGAGGCAACGUGACCCUCACCUGCCAGGUGUCUGGGGCCAACCCCACUGCCAAGAUCUCUUGGUUGCGGAAUCUCACCCAGCCAGAGGAGGAGAUCCUGCCCAGCACACGUUACCUGAUAACGCACGAGGAUUCAGUCUCCACCCUCACCAUCCUCAACUGUUCCCAGGGUGUGGAUGAAGGCUACUAUGUCUGCAGGGCAGAGAACCCGGUGCGGGUGAGGAAGGUGGACAUCUGGCUGACUGUGAAAAAACCUUUGAACAUCGGGGGCAUUGUGGGGGCUGUGGUGAUCUUGCUCCUGUUGGGAGUGGGGACGGUCUCAGGUUUUAUAUUGUACUACAGUCCAAAUAUCUGCCUGAAAGUAGGAAGCAGCUUCAGGGGUCAAGAAACAAGUGAUGUCAUGGUCCUAGUGGAUUCACAGGACGAGGAAGAGGAAGAUGUGGAAGAAGAGGAGGAAGAAAGAGAAGAGGAAGACUUGCCAAAAGAGAUAACCAGACACGGUCACAUACACCGGGUGACCGCCCUGGUGAACGGGGAUGUGGAACGCAUGGGGAAUGGGCUCCAGGCCCUACAAGAUGACAGUAGGGAAACCCAGAGCGACAUUUUCCAGGAAGAAUGUGACCGACCUGUUUGAUCAUAGUCAUCUUGAUGUUCCUGGAGCACUCUCAGAGGAUGCUUGGUUUGGAGUUCAGCUUUCCAGACAUCCCAACCUGGGCUCUGAGAUCUCUCGCUUUGGCAAUGGUUGGGCCCCUCAGCAAAUAUCCCAUCUCCCCUUCUGUUCUUUUCUCCCUAAUUAGCUUGAUUUGCUGUCGGCUUCUUCAAGAUGCACAAGCGCCAUAGGGACAGGCGAGUCCUUGGGAGGAAGCCCUAGAAGUGGCAUUUGGUUUCCAAAGUGCAACUUUUCUGGGAAUCUUGUUCCCAUCCAGGUGUCCCUCCUUCCCUGAGAGCACAAGUGCAACUUCUUUCCUUAGCAACAGGAAGAUGAUUUUGCCGGCAGCUUGAGCCAAUGUACAGAGAAGGAUAUUCUGGCAUCCCAAGGCAAGCACUCAAAAUGACCCAAGCCAUCCCUUUGCUAUCUCCAAGUAAGGCACAGGUGGGCCAGAUUUCUGGGCAAACAUCCACGGUCUGAGGAAAAAAAAAAAGAUCAAGGUUUGCCAAAGACUUGUUGAUGGAAUGGGGACC